UGCAACACCCGGGACGUGGAAGAAGAAGAACAGCUGCCGCGAGCGUUCGCACGAGCCCUCGCAGAACGCAGAACGCAGCUUCCCAAAAGGCGUCCGACGUCCUGCACAAGGCGGCGUCUACCGAACCCCGAGGAAACCGAAUGGCCGCCAGUCCAGGCAGCGCCCGCAGUCGGGCGGCGUCGCCAGCGACGUCACCGCCACGGUCUGGAUGGGCGACCUCUGGAAGCGCGGCAUCUCCGGCGACCCCGUCGUUCGCGCGGACCCCAGAGAGUUUCAUGUCUGGCUUCGUCGUCCACGACAACUGCGCUGCCGUCCAGGAGAGCAUCUACGUCGUGCUGGGUCACGGGCCGUACCAGCGCCGAGUCCUGCUGUGCAGCGCCCUGUCGCUGAUCGUGGCGCUCUCGCAGGCGCUGUCGGACCGCCUCACCAGUCGGCCCGUGGACCACUGGUGCCGACCGCCGGAAGACCUGGGCGAGCUGUCUGCCGACGCGUGGAAAAAUAUGUCCAUCCCCGUCGAGGCUGACGGCUCGUUCAGCAAGUGCACCGUGUACGAGCCUGCCGUUGCGGACACUCCGGCGGCCAACAGGUCAGCGGCGCCUUGUCAUAGAUGGGACUACGACAUCGCGAACCGAGGCGACAGCAUCGUCAGCCGGUUCGGCCUGGUCUGCGGCCGCCAGUACCUGCUCAACAUUCGCAUCGUGGUCUUCCUCACUAUUGCCGCUCUAGUGACACCUGUGCUAGGGUUGGCGUCCGACCGAGUGGGUCGAAGACCCGUCAUUCUGGCCUCCGCGAUGGUUCUGCUGGCUGCAACCAUUGGCAACAGCGUCUCCGGCACGUUCGCCUUCUACGUCUCAACGAGGACUGUGGUCCUGACGACCGUCAACGCCGUCUUUGUGCUCACCUUCAUCCUGCUCUACGAGGCGACAGGGAACGAGUGGCGGUUGCUGUUCACCCUCCUGGACACGGCCGUCGGGGCCACCGUGGUGCCUCCGUUCGUAGACGCUCUCAGCCUGCUGGAACCGCGCUGGGCACUGAUGCACGGAGUCGUCAUCGUGGCCACGGCGAUUUUGGCGGCCUGGUGCUGCUUCCUGCGAGAGUCGCCCGCCUGGCUGCUGGCCACCUGGAACGUGCAGCGUGCCCAGGAGGGCGCCCUGGAGGCGGCCAGCAUCAACGGCCUAGACGUCACCAAGGCGGCGGCCACCUUCCGGGCAAUUCUCGCCCAACUGGUGAAGCUCGACCGGAGCCCGCAUACGUCAACUGGGCUCGUCGUGACCGACGACUCCGUGCAGUCCGUGAGGAUGUGUCGCCGGGCCGUGUCAGUGUUUCUGACGAGGCUGACGCUCAGCGCCGUCUACUUCCCCCUGUUGACGACGGGACGCGCCCCCGGCUACCACUGGGCAGCUGUGCACGCCCUGCUGCUGGUGGCGUCCUACGUGGCCGUCGGCUGGGCCGUGCUCAAGCGCGGACUACGGGACACGCUGAUCGUACUGCUGGUCGUCGUGAGUGCCUUCUGCGCCGCGCAGGCGCUGCUGAUGACCAUAGGCGUUCUCCAGUUGGCCAUUCCUGUCGUGCACGCGGUGCUCAAGGUCGCGCUGUCGGGUGCCAUGAGUGUUGUCCUGUGUUACUCGGCCGAAGUCUUCCCCACCAGGACCCGCUGCACCGGCGUUAGUGCGUCGACGUUCUUCGGUUCCGUCGGUUCACUCCUGGGUGUCCUAGCGUACGCGCAGAACGGCGGCAAAGCAGGUGCUCACUUCCACGCGACCGCAGCCAUCAUGACCGCCCUGAGCGUCUUCGCGGUGCAGUGGCUUCCCGAGGUCCUCGUCGAGAUGCAGAAAGCGAAGCGUCGGUCGGCGCCCAAGAGCGCCCAAGAGCGCAAGGAGGCGCUCAAACAGUCCCUGGCGCUGCCUGCCGAAGGCGCGAAGAAGAGAAGACGGCGCAGGGGAAAGGCGAAGACGCCAACCAAGUCGCCGGCCUAACAAUGGUAAUACUUCGAGUGCGCCGAAGGUACUGAUAAAGUGGUGAAUACGAUGGACACAUCCUACUAAUCGCCGAAUAGACGCACUGCCAUUUUGAACUUCAUAUACAGAGAGAGAAAAUAGUGCAAGUUAACAUUUAUGUAUAAGUUGUAAAGGUUCCUCUAGUAGUUCAGAAAUACGAAGGAAGUUCUGUAAGGAACAACCCGCUGAACGUCUCAUUUUCUCUCAUGUUCUGUGUAAUUUCGUUAUUACUACCGGCUUGUUCUGUCUCGCUUGUGGAAUUGGUGGCACUCACUGAUAGGAAUCGUGUUAAGGUGCAAGGAGCACUACGUUCGUGAACUGUAAAUUGUGCCUGCAAUCUCUUAGCAGGCGCCUGAACUGCGCGCGUUGUGCUGAUGUGCAAUAGUUUUAAUGAAACAUGCACACACACACACACAUAUAUAUAUAUAUAUAUAUGUAUGUCGUAAUAGAGUGCAGAAUAAUUGCUCGAAUUGAGUUUCUUAACCGCUUAUGUUUUUUUUUUUUUAACUCGGCAGUCAUCCCCAAAAUUACAUAACAAUCACUUGAAAAAUCUCGUCAUAGGCAUCAACACUUUAUUGAACCUAUUUUCCCACGUACAAAUGUUUCUAAGUAUUCAUUUUUCCCAAUGCAAUCUCCGAUUUGAAUACACUGCCGCACGAUUCUCCGCUCCUUGCCCCUGAUCAGUGAUUUGGACCGUCAGAAUGCGUUGUCUGUGAUGUGCUACGUUUACGUUGCGCGUUGCUUGUUUUAUGGCGUGUUCUUAUGCGUGAAAUAUAUCGUUGUUUAGUAUAAGCAUGCAUCGUCCAAUUUUAGUGUCUUUUUGUCAAUACGCGUGCUGUUUUUCAAGGUCGCGUAUUUUUGUCUUUCUUGUAUUCUACCUUUCCUGCUUCGACGUAUUCAGUCCGCAGUAUGCGAUAUAUAUAUAUAUACACAAGGCAG